UAACUAGUGAACCGAACCCAUGAAAGGUGUUUCAAAGUACUUACAAUUGUUGCAUUGUCGUUCAUACAAUAGUUGCUCAUCUCUUGCAUCCACACGCUAUGUGCCCACAGAAACAACUGGGUCAUUACUCAACCUCUGCUACCAAAGAGACCUUCCCAGAGCCAUGCAUGUCUUGGACUCCAUGGAAGGACGCAGAGUCUGGGCCGAUGCUAUCACCUAUUCUGAGCUCAUCAAGUGUUGCUUGGCUCUCGGGGCUGUCAGUGAAGGCAAGCGCGUUCAUCACCACAUAUUCUCAAAUGGGUACCAACCAAAAACCUUUUUGAUCAACACCCUUCUCAAUAUGUAUGUCAAAUUCAACCUCUUGGAGGAAGCGCAUCUACUGUUCGAUAAAAUGGCUGAACGAAAUGUUGUUUCGUGGACUACUAUGAUAUCUGCUUACUCUAAUGCUAAACUCAAUGAUAGGGCUAUGAGGCUUUUGGUUCUUAUGCUUAGGGAAGGUGUCAUGCCUAACAUGUUUACUUUCUCUUCUGUUUUGAGGGCGUGUGAGGGGUUGUCUGACCUUAAACAGCUUCAUUCUUGCAUAAUGAAAGUGGGGUUGGAGUCUGAUGUCUUUGUUCGCAGUGCGCUUAUUGAUGUUUAUUCGAAACUGGGUGAAUUGUUGGAAGCUCUUAAUGUUUUUCGUGAGAUGGUGACCGGAGAUUCUGUUGUAUGGAACUCCAUCAUUGCUGCUUUUGCUCAGCACAGUGAUGGGGAUGAGGCUUUAUACCUCUACAAGAGCAUGAGGAGAGGAGGCUUUCCGGCCGAUCAGUCAACACUCACGAGUGUUUUGAGAGCAUGUACUAGUUUGUCGUUGUUAGAGCUAGGGAGGCAGGCUCAUGUUCAUGUGCUGAAGUUUGAUCAAGAUCUCAUUCUUAACAAUGCACUUUUGGAUAUGUAUUGUAAAUGUGGUAGUUUGGAAGAUGCGAAGUUCAUUUUCAAUCAUAUGGCUAAGAAGGAUGUUAUCUCUUGGAGCACCAUGAUUGCUGGGUUAGCCCAAAAUGGUUUCAGCAAGGAAGCACUCGGUUUAUUUGAGUCCAUGAAAGUCCUUGGUCCAAAACCAAAUUAUAUCACAAUACUUGGGGUUCUGUUUGCAUGUAGUCAUGCAGGGCUAGUAAAUGAAGGUUGGAACUAUUUUCAAUCUAUGAAGAACCUUUAUGGGGUAGAUCCUGGAAGAGAACACUAUGGUUGCAUGCUUGAUCUUCUUGGAAGAGCUGGGCAGCUUGAUGACAUGGUUAAGUUAAUUCAUGAAAUGAAUUGUAAGCCAGAUGUUGUGACAUGGAGGACUCUGCUUGAUGCAUGCAGGGCUCAUCGGAAUGUGGAUUUAGCCACAUAUGCUGCUAAGGAGAUACUAAAAUUGGAUCCACAGGACACGGGAGCCUAUGUAUUGUUAUCUAAUAUUUAUGCAAAUUCGAAAAGGUGGAAUGAUGUUGCAAAAGUUCGAAGGACUAUGAGAAUAAGGGGAAUAAAAAAAGAACCUGGAUGUAGCUGGAUUGAAGUCAAUAAGAAAAUACAUGCUUUUAUUUUGGGAGAUAAAUCACAUCCUCAAAUAGAUGAGAUCAAUAGACACUUGAACCAGUAUAUUUGUAAACUAACUGGUGCUGGAUAUGUUCCUGACACAAAUUUUGUACUACAAGAUCUUGAAGGGGAACAGAGAGAAGACUCCCUUCGAUACCACAGUGAGAAACUGGCAAUUGUGUUUGGUAUCAUAAGCUUGCCGAAGGAGAAAACUAUUAGAAUAUGGAAGAACCUAAAGAUCUGUGGAGAUUGUCAUAUAUUCGCAAAACUUCUAUCAAAGUUAGAGCAGCGGCACAUUGUAAUUAGAGACCCUAUUCGAUAUCAUCAUUUUCAAGAUGGGGUCUGCUCAUGUGGUGACUAUUGGUAGCAGAUGAGAAGCACACAAGACAAAGACAGAAUCUACGACUACCAUUGGGAUCAAAACUGCAUAUUUAAAUUUACAAACAGCUCCUAGUUAUAGAAGAAUGAAGUUUGCAGUAGUGGCAUUGCUUUUAGUUAAUAUAUUAGACAGGUUGACUUGUGAUCCAAAGUCCAACCGUCCUGGGAAUUCCAAUAUUCAAGUCCUCUUGACAGGCUAAGAGCCAUUUAGCCAUCCUUUUUGCGUUUUAAAGUCACUCAACAGCUUUGGAAUUAGCUUUUUCAGCAGCAACAUUUUUGUCAAGAUUCUAUACUUUAAUUUCUAGCUACAAAUUUAGAGGCUUUGACAGAUGAGGGUAUAAUUUGUUGGCACUGAGCUCUCUAUGCAGGGUCAUGGUCUUUAUCUAUGG